GUGUGAACGAAAAGAAAUACCGCGGCGACAGCGACGAUGGUCUUUACCGGCCUGGUUUUAUUUAGUGAACAUGUUUUAAGUCACUACCGAGGUGUCCGAUGGCUCUGGUUUCACUGGCUUUCUCCGUCUGCGUUAUGAUAGUUUGUUGGCCUCAAUUAUCCAGCAGCGAUAACAGCUGUCCAUGUCCAGAAAUUCCAAAGUUGAAUUUAACAAACCUCCCACAACAAGGCUGCUACAAUCCCACAAUACGUGCCCAUUUUCGCUACAAAUGUAAGGAUGGUUACCUGAGAAAAGUGGGAACCUCAAAUUUAAUCAAAUGCGAAGAUUCUGGAACUGGUCUACAGUGGAGCAAAACCAAACCAGAGCUAGUGUGUAUACCUGACCCAAGGAUAACAACAACACAACCAGCAAAAGCAACAAGUGCAACUUCUACUACAACAACAACAACAACAGAGAGUCACACUGAUAUUUCCUCUUACUCCAUCAGUACUUCCGCUAUCACAACAGCUUCCACUGCUCAGGUGAUGCAGAAUGCAAGCACAGUGCUUGAACAAGGAACCAGUACACAGACAACCACCCACGCAGAACCUGUGAUGGAGACAACAGGAAAGACCGACACAAUGAAGCACGCCAUGUCACCAACAAGACCUGACAACACCACCCAUUCUGCGCUUGAAAUUGACGCUGCAACAACCACAGCGGCAACGGUCAUCACUGUUUUACUGGUGAUUGUCUGUACUGCAGGGGUAGUCUUACUGUAUCGAAGGAGGAGAAGAGAGCACACCCCAGUGAACCAAGACCCAGAGGAGCUGUGCACACUAAAUGCAUGAGUCCUGGCCCACCUGGAGUGGACCAGUAAAACACACUGACUUCGUUGCAGUCGCAGAGGGCUGCAGCAGUGUUUUACCAAAAGCAACAUCCCACUAAAGUGAAGAAUGGACUCUUACCUCCACGUAGGACUGGUUGUCAUCAGUGCCUGAUAACCCAUUUGAACUUCUGUGGACGUCAUCCCAAAGAAUCGCAGCCAUCUUAAUAUGGCAGUGCAAGAGGCUCAAUCUGAAACUUUCAUCUUAACAGCUUUCUAGCUUCACAUAACCAAAAAACAACUCUAUAUGAGGAACUUUAUCGUUCACAUCCCUCUGGGUCAACCAUUGCUCUGGUGCUAUGGUGGGAAGUGUUUGAUUUCUAUUUCUUUUAUUUAUUAUUCAGAUCUCAUGAAAAUACCAAAACCGAUAAUGAGUUACUCAAACUAAAUGUUGUCUCUAGCCAGGCAUUGAUGCAAUGUAUUGCUUUGUCACAGAGAUUAACUCUUGUACAAAAACAAUAAUUAUAUAAUACUUUUCUAUCUUCAGUAUCAAUCAGGCUAGAUGGACACAAGCAGACCAAAUUAUUUGUUCAAUUUUCCACAGAGUAUUAUUUCGGCCAGUAACAACAUGUCUUUUGGCGCUGCUGCGCUUUCUGCUCAAACACUCAGUAAUUUGUGUGGGUCCUUAUUUAUACCUGGCAAAUGGAUUUUAGCCCCUUAGAGAAACGAUCACUGGCCACUUUGUUAGCUAUGCCUGUUUGUUAAGUCAGACAAAUCAGACUUGCCUAAGUACAUCAAGUUUUACUUGGGCAUGGAGAUUGAUCUUAAAGGAGAAACUAAAUUAUUUAUUACAUGUUACUGUGAAUGGAAACAGGAAAUGCAGUAAGACAUGAACUACAGUAGGGAGAUCACAUUUUGCCACUUUUUUUUUAAAAUAUAUAUACUGUUUUUAAAUUCUGCAUUGAUGAGUCAUGUAAUCAAGUCUUUUAAUUGUUUAAUAAAGUAUUUAUUGAUGGAUUAGUAAUUGUAUUCUCUGGUAACAUAGCAAAUAUUUUAUCAACAUAGAAGUAAUCACAAAUUAUGAAGUCACUAGAAAGUGAUUUACAGCUUUAUUUCAUGGACUGACUUUCCUGAUCUUCCAUAUAUUGUGCUUACCCUCCUUGUGAAGGGCGUUCAUGAGUAUCAUGUGGUAGUCAAUGCAGUCUUCCCUUGUGUAGAUAAGCUACACAAGGGAAGACUGCAGUGCUUUUCCUACCCUAAUGUGGUUGCUUGUACUUGAAGCGUAAUCCUCGGACUAGUUAGGGUUGAAAAGUAAUUUACAUACUGCAAUAUUCUAAUAUUUCAAGUAUUUUAUUUUCUGGCCUGUAAAAAUGCUUGAAACAUAGUCUCCAUGCAAAGACGAAAUAAUAUUCAUUUCUUUAAAUAACUGGAGUUAUUUUCUAUCAUGAGGGGGAAAAAAAUAAAAUCUAAUCUGAACAAAUAAUUUCGUUUCACAGGUGCACUUCUUUGCGCAGAAAUUUAGCAACCCACGCAUUUUGAACUCGGCAGCUGUGCACAAAGAAGCCACUGUGCACACACUGCUGCAGUUAGCAUAUUAUAUCAUGCAAAAAAAGUUGUUUUUGUUAAGAACAGAGGGUGCGCCAUUAGGUGAGGAAGCACUAGCGUGCCCACGGCCAGAGUUGCUGCUGUAUGCACUCCCCAACUCCCUCGAGCUUCAUACCAUCAGUACUAUGCAGGAUGAGGGAGCAGCUGAUUUUUAUAGCUCCUUAUUGCCCCAGCAGGCUAUGAAAGGCAGACUUAGCCUGUCUGGUCCACAGCAAGCAGUGGGCACUACUUUUGCACAGGGACCUGGUAUCACAGGCAAAUUUUUCAUCCACAUGCAGCGUCUUGCACUCUGUGUCUGGUACAUGACAGCCUGAAUUUAAAUGAGUCAGAGGGUGAAAGAGAUUAUUCAGAGUACAGGAGCUCUUCACUCACAAAUCAGUACAAAUCUCUUAUGCUUCCUUCGUGAUAUACUAGAUGAGGGAAGAACAUUUCCCACCGUUAAAGUGUAUUUAGUUGCAAUUUCGUCCACUCAUGUUGGCUUUGGUAAUGCACCAAUUGGCCAGAAUUCUCUGAUAAGCAUGUUUAUGAAAAAGGCCCACAGACUGGGGUCUACUGUUAAGCAUGUCAGUCCCCUCAUGAGAUUUACCCACAGUUUUAAAGAACAAAUGCUCAUUAUUAACUUCUUACAGUUGUGGUAGAAAUAA